AUGCGCAACGACUCUGAUGAUUCCGUGACCAUGGUCAAGAAUGCUCUGGCAGUUCUGGCUCAAGUCAACAAGAACCGCGUGGAGAAUCCCAAUUUCAACCAAUACGCUUUCCGGGAGCCUCGCCAGAAAAAGGCAUCGAUUGCGACGGCUCCACCGCUAGACUAUAGUUCUGAAGCGGUAGAGAAUGCCCGUCUUCGGAAACGCGAUGCUCCCUCUGCCACGACCCGUGGCAACAGAGCUUAUACUAUCCCACCCGAGCUAGCUAGAGCGGCUAAGGUUGUUGCAGAAUCUGCCGAUAACACGCCUAGUGGAAAUCACAGCAAUGUAGCUGUUGAUAUUCGCCGCAAAUACGGUCAAGGAAAGCGACAGACUAAUACCCCGCCCCAGGCUCUUGUUCAGUCGAAUGGCCUUUAUGACUUCCAGUCUUUCGCCGAAAAUGUGAAUGUGUCGCUGGUUGACCAACAGAGUAACUUGGGACUUCAAAAGCGCGCCCCUUCUCUGUAUUGGAUGCCGCACAUGGAAAAGAAUGGCCAUAGUCCAUUCGCCCCGACCGGCUACAAGGGUGACGGGGUCACAGACGACACGGAGCCUAUCAACCGAGCAAUUUCAGACGGAGGGCGCUGCGGUGCCGACUGCGGCUCGAGCACCAGGUACCCUGCAGUAAUCUGGUUUCUAGGAGGCACGUACCUGGUUAGCUCGGCUAUUAUUCAAUAUUAUAAUACCCAGUUCAUAGGUGAUCCACUGAACGUGCCCACGAUCCUGGCUGCAUCGAGCUUCGUUGGGCUGGGUGUUAUUACUUCAGAUCCCUAUGUGAGCGACAAUGGGCAAUGGUAUGUCAACCAGAACAACUUUCUGCGCAGCAUCAAAAACUUCAAGAUCGAUAUUCGGCCAACGGAUCCGUCCGCCUAUGUAUGCGCAAUUCACUGGCAGGUGGCGCAAGGAACUUCGCUGGAAAAUAUUGAGUCCACUUCCGACAUCGAAAGAGAAAGUGCUCAACGGUCUCUCUUGCUUGUCCACAUGCACACUGAUCCGUGUCUGCCACGUUGA